UGUUUUGACCACAGUACUGCGAAAGCUUCGAUACCAAAUCAGUAUUAGUUGAAGAGCAGUCGAAAUGAAAGUUACUCUUUUUAUCGGCCUCCUGGCCAUAGUGGCAUUAGCCUCCAGUAAAUCAGUUCCUGAUUCAAGUUCAUCACCUGUGAAGGCACCCGGAAAUAGCCAGCCUGAAAUACCGGCAGUCCCAGUUAGCCCCAAGCAUAAAGCUGAUAGUGAUGAAAACAAAGUCGAUAAACCAUAUCCGAAACAUUCAGCUUCUAAGAAGGGUCACUCCGAUGUCAAAGCUGAAGUCUCUAAGCCGGAACCGCCGAAACCACAACCUGAAAAGCCAUCUCAACCAGAAUCUGACAAACCACCAAAGCCAGAAAAACCAUCUGAGGACUCAAAACCACAACCCCCACCUUCGGAGUCAGAAAAACCAUCUGAGGACUCAAAACCACAACCUCCAUCUUCGAAGCCAGAAAAACCAUCUGAGGACUCAAAACCAGAACCCCCAUCUUCGGAGCCAGAAAAACCAGUUGCACCGAAACCAAGCAAGCCGGAAGCCGAUAAGCCUUCUGCUUCUGCACCUGUGAAGCCUCAACUUUACGCUGUACAUAAAAAGUCCGACCAUUCAAAGUCAACCGACGAUUCCUCGAAAUCUGAUUAUCCAACAGGUAAAAUUCCAAUUCCAUUCCCUCCAGCGAAAGAUGGAAAGAAUUCUUUCCAAAACCAUGUAGUUAACGGUGAACAACAAUAUCAUCCAAAGGCAGUUGCCUCAGGCAAAUCAAAGGAUGAUGACACCAAGAAACAUAGUGAUGAGAAAAAGGAUGACAAACAUCCAAUUUUUCCAGGCAAGAACCUACCCCAAGGCAAUGGACCAGUACGUACUCCUCAAGAUCAAUCAGGAGAUAGGGGCCGUAAGCAACAUAACUGGGGACCAGGUCCAAUGACUGUUCAUCAAUGGAGAAACCAACACUGGCAGCAAGACAACCAGCAGGGCAACCAGCAAUGGCAGCACCAAAACCAGCAAUGGCAACACCAAAACCAACAAUGGCAACAGGGAAACCAGCAAUGGGAACACCAAAACCAGCAAUGGGAACACCAAAACCAGCAAUGGGAACACCAAAACCAGCAAUGGCAGAAUAAUAACCAGCAGCAAGACAAUCAGAGACAGCAUCAACACAGUGAUAACCGUAACCAGCAGGGUAACCAACAAUGGCAGCACCAAAACCAGCAAUGGCAACAGGGUAACCAGCAAUGGCAGCAUGAUGGCCAAGAGUGGGAGCAGGGUAAUCAGCAGUGGCAACAUGAUAGGCAGCAACACGGAAGCAAUCAAGAAAAUAACCAAAAUAACCAAGAGGGGCGGCAAGGUAACCAACAAUGGAAGCACCAAGACCAGCAAUGGCAGCACCAAAACCAGCAAUGGCAACACGAUAGGCAGCAACAAGGAAGCAAUCAAGAAAAUAACCAACAUAGCCAAGAAGGGCGACAAGGGAACCAGCAAUGGCAGCACCAAAACCAGCAAUGGCAACAUGAUAGGCAGCAACAAGGAAGCAAUCAAGAAAAUAACCAACAUAACCAAGAGGGGCGGCAAGGUAACCAGCAGUGGCAACACCAAAACCAGCAAUGGCAACAUGAUAGGCAGCAACACGGAAGCAAUCAAGAAAAUAACCAAGAGGGGCGGCAAGGUAACCAACAAUGGCAGCACCAAAACCAGCAGUGGCAAUACCAAAAUCAGCAAUGGCAGCAUGAUAACCAGGAGCGGCAGAAGCAUGCUCAGGAGAAGGACCAUGAUAAGCAGGCUACCAAAUCCAGCGAUCAUCAAGUUCAUAAGGUUAACCACGUCGUACCAGUAAUUCCCGUUAGUCAAUUCUGAAACUGAUUUGGAUAGUGAAAGAAUAAUUUCAAUGAAGCAUGAUAAAAGCUAAAAUAAAUAUUUCAUAUUCAUGAAAUUUUGGCAGA